UGGGAAUAAGAAGGAAAGGUCCUCCUAUUUACGUCAGAAAGUUCGAGCCGGGGGCUCGGGAACUGAGUUGAAAACUGACUGGUUGUUGAGGCCCUAGUUACUGCGGAGCAGCGUCGCGGUUUGUCUCUCCUUGAGACCGGCUCUUACUCAUCGCCACGCGGCACAUCCCUCUGGUCCGGCGGUGCCGAUGUGGGAUCCCCCCAGCGAUGACACUCUUCCCCAGCACCGUGCUGAAGUCCAGAUCCUGGAUCCAUUCAGCUCUUGGAUAGCGCUCUCCCGCAGCAUCCCGGCAAGUCGCAGGUAGCUGGGGGAGAGGCUGUCCAUCACGGCACCGGGAUCCCGCCUUGGCAGCAUUACCCCUGGAAAAGGCAGGGACUCACGGAGGAAAAUCUCAUAACCUCAAGAUAUCAACAAAAAGAGGGAACAGAAAGACGCGACGCGCGAGUCGGAGAACUCUUGAAUUCCUUGGAGCCAAAUUUGCAUAAUCCAAUUUGCAUGCACCACAAAGUUCUCCCUGACCUGAAUGAGGAAUUUGGAGAUUUGAAAGGUGAUCCCGACUAUUGCGCACCUGUGGUUAAACGACAGCCACAAGGAGACACCAUUGGCCCGAGUGAAGUCAGGACUAUGCUGCCAGAAUGUUGGCCAGGAAGAGCAUCAUCCCAGAGGAGUACGUCCUGGCCCGGAUCGCGGCUGAGAACGUCCGGCAGCCCCGUUACACCGUGCGUCCUCGCCAACCCCGCUUCAUUAACAAGAACGGAGCUUGCAACGCGGCGCAUAAGAACAUCCAAGAGCAAGGUCGCUUCCUGCAGGAUGUCUUCACCACCCUGGUGGACCUGAAGUGGCGCUACACCCUUUUCAUCUUCACCAUGUCCUUCCUCUGCAGUUGGCUACUCUUCGCCAUGAUGUGGUGGCUGGUGGCCUUCGCGCACGGAGACCUGGACCACAGACAGAGCACGUCCUUCGAGCCGUGCGUCACCAAGGUGAGGUCGUUCACCUCGGCCUUCCUUUUCUCCAUCGAGGUGCAGGUCACCAUCGGCUUCGGCGGCAGGAUGAUGACCGAGGAGUGCCCCAUGGCCAUCACCGUGCUCAUCAUGCAGAACAUCUCGGGGCUGAUCAUCAACGCCGUCAUGCUGGGCUGCAUCUUCAUGAAGACGGCUCAGGCUCACCGGAGAGCGGAGACCCUGAUCUUCAGCCGGCACGCCGUGGUCGGCCUGAGGAACGGCAAGCUCUGUUUCAUGUUCAGAGUGGGCGACCUGAGGAAGAGCAUGAUCAUCAGCGCCUCGGUCCGGAUGCAGGUUGUGAAGAAGACCACCACCAUCGAGGGAGAGGUUAUCCCCAUCCACCAGAUCGACAUCCUGGUGGACAACCCCAUCGACACCAACAACAUCUUCUUGGUGGCGCCGCUCACCAUCUGCCACGUUAUAGACAAGCGGAGCCCUCUCUACGAGAUCUCGGCCAGCGACCUGCAGCACCAGAACCUGGAGGUGAUCGUCAUACUGGAAGGCGUGGUGGAGACCACUGGCAUCACCACCCAGGCCAGGACGUCUUACAUCGCCGAGGAGAUCUUGUGGGGCUACCGCUUCGUCCCGAUCGUGACCGAGGAGGACGGAACCUACUCGGUGGAUUACUCCAAGUUCGGCAACAGGAUCAAAGUGGCGACUCCUCGCUGCACGGCCAGAGAGCUGGAUGAGAAGCCCUCCAUCCUGAUCCAGACCCUGCAGAAGAGUGAGCUCUCGCACCAGAACUCGCUGAGGAAGCGGAGUUCGAUGAGGCGAAACAACUCGAUGAGGAGGAACAACUCGACCCUUCUGGUCCCCAAAGUCCAAUUCGUUACUCCCGAAGGCAAUAUUGAUGCUGCUGACUCCGAGUUUAACUGAUGCAACCUCAGCACUGCUGAAUUCACUGCUGACUUCAGAUCUCCAACUCCGAGCUAAUGAACAAAUAUGCCACACGGAAUCUUUGCCACUCUCCGUUCACAGUGAUUUAACCAAGGAACACACCAAACUUCGGAGGAAAUCAGCAAGUCAGGCAGCAUUUCUGGAGGGGUUUCGGCAAUCGACAUUUCGGAUCGAGACUCUUCACCCGAACUGAUGGAACUAAAUGCGACUCAUUAAGAACGGUUCAGUACCAACCUCUUUGUUUUUGUCCUUUAAUAUUGAAAGUGAGAUCGUUACAUCGAUUAUUAUCGGAGCCUUAAAUGUUUGUCGACAGUUGCACAUUUGAACUUAGCGUCCAAUGAUGUUUACACUAGUUCACUUGAUUUCGCAGUACAGCGGCAUUAUAAGCACUAAUAACACGGGCAGGGACUGUGAUACAUAUAUUAAAAAAAACACGAGAAGCAGGAGGAACUCAGCAGGUCAGGGAAAGGGACAGUCCCCGUUUCCGGUUAUAUUGAUAAUGGUGGCAAUUAUGAAACUCACUGUUCCAACUCUCCACUUUUUUUCCACAGUGGCGCCAGUGAGGACCAGGAGAACAACUCACGAUGACUUGCAUGCACUGAGUUAAAUUAAGUUGAUUUAUUAUUGUCAUAUUUACUGAAGUACAGUGAAAAUCUUUGUUUUGCAUUCUUUCUGUAUAAAUCACAUGAGUGCUUCUCUCCCCUGCCAACUUUGAAUUUGGGCAAGGUAUUCUACCCAUUUAACCAUUUUAAGUUUGUCUGGAAAACUAGCGUUUGGUUUCUGUAACAGAUUUUACACUCUAGUGUAAAGUUCCCUCCCUGCCCCAAGAAUUAUGGACUACAAUCCUAAAUUUAUAAUUUCGUCCUUUUCUAUAAAACUACCUAUCAUGCAACACCAUAUAAAGUGCAGAUUGUCAAAGUUAAACUCAAGUUUAUCAUCAUAUGCAUUAGUACAUCUAUGCACAGGUGGCAUGAAAAACUUACCAGCAACAGCAUCACAGGCACAGAACAUCAGAUAAGCAGCGUUCACAAAACAAGACACAAAAUAAACAAACAAUUUUUACAACAAAGAACACAAUGCGAACAGAAAACAAAUCCAUUUUAAUGUAAAAUAUUUAAAGUGAUCAGAAUUGUGCUAAACUGUACUGAUUAGGAUCGUGCAGGCUGGUUCUAGAGUGGAAUGGUUGAAGGGAAAUAACUAUUCUUGAAUCUAGUGGUGUAGGACUUUGGGUUUCUGUACCUCUUGCCAAAUGGCAGCUGUGAGCAGAUAGAAUGGUCAGGCUGGUGGGGACCUUUGAUAGACAGAUAGAUAGAUACUUUGUUGAUUCCAAAGGAAGUUGCAGUGUCACAGUAGAUUAGGAGUGCACAGUUAUACAAAUAAUAGAAGAGAAGUAAGAGAAUGAAAAUUAAGUUGCCGCCAACAGUCUGGAGGGGAUCAUCACUUCCCCAGCUAUAGGUUGACUCAUGGCUGAGUGUAAGCAUGACCUCAAAUAGGCGAGGGUAAGAAUGAUGGAUGUUGCCUCCCUGAGGCAGCAACUCGUGUAGAUAUUUCAGAUGGUGUGGUAGGCUGUGUACACUCCUCUGCAUAUUCUUACAUUCGUGCAUAUUGGAAAUGAGCAGGCAACAUGCAUGUGGUCCAUAUUCAACCACGCCACCUGGGCUUAAGGGAGUUGAGGGGGAAGAGUGGAAUUUUCCUAAGUUUUUUUCUGCUUUGGGCUUGAUUUAAUUCCCAGUUCAGAGAUGAAUGAAAACUCCAUGCUGACACCUGAGACCUGAAAUGUACACAAUUGAGACACUUUCUUUCAGAUGAGCUUGUGUCUGCCCUAUGCAAUUAUUCCGAACAAAAGUAGAUGAUUUAUCCCUAAUAUCCUGGUUGAUAUUUAUUUCUCAAUUAUGAAUUUUAAAAAUGUGUUAUUUCAUAUUGAUAUUUGUGGAAUCUCAGAGUAGGCAAGUUGUCUGUCAUGCUUCCUUAGAGGGAAUACACAUCCAGAGUACUUUAUUGGCUGUGAAUUGUUUUAGCCUGAGCUGGGGUAUGAAAGACACAACAUGGAAGUAAGUCCAUUUAGUUGCACUGCAAAAUCUGUGACAAUCCUACAACCGAACUGUGCUUAGUUACCCCAGACUAGAGUUUAUAAGUUUUUGUUGAUUUUACUACAUAAAGGACUUCCAUUUUUUAAAUUCAUUCUUGAUUGAGGAAUAAAUAUCAGCCAGGAUAUGAGGGAUAAAUGGUUUACUUUUGUUCAGAGUAAUAGCAUAGGGUAAUUAUAUGUACUGAAGGGAUAAAUACACCUGUACAAACUUAUCUAAAAGAAGGUGUCCAUGCCAUCUACAUACCUGGAUUCACAGCUUGGUUUACGUACAUCUGCAUUUAACUAGGGCACAAGUAGGGGGUCUUUCUCUUUGACUCUCUUUACUCGAGAUACCAAUUUGUUCAUCAGGAGGCCAUUUUGGAGGACUGCCCAUGAUUGUCACAAUGGGGAGGGGCGUUGAUGGCAGACCGAAAUGCAAGACACAGACACUGAAGUACUAGGAACAGGACAAGGAUGCAGGACCUGGUCUAGGACAAGGACAAGGAACAGGGAAACCGGACAAGGAACUAUGAACUAGGAGCCUGGGCUUGAACCCCGAGCCAGAGACUGGAUAAGGACCCAGAAUCUGGGUCUUGCCUCGGGCUCGGGCCCCAAAACCAGGCAAGGACAUGACAUGACUGCAGGACUGGAGGCUUGAGGCUUGGAGACAGGCUUGGGGUCUUGAGGCUUGAGUCUAGGGUACAUCGAGGUUUGGGUAUGGACUCCAAGCCAGAGACUGGGCAAGGACCCAGAACCUGGGACUUGACUCGGGCUCAGACUCCAGAACUAGGCAAGACAAGUUGAGGCUACAGGACUGGACGUGACUUGGAUGAGGAACUCCUGGGUAGGGUGAGACACAAAGACAGGUAAAGGCACAUGGACAGGACUCGGAUAGCACUGGACUAGGCACGGACAGGAUGAGGGUCUUCAGGAGCAUGAAGCCUUGGACUAGAAGAGACAGGAGCAUGGAACACAGAGCUGGGACCUGUCCUUGGGAACAGGACAUAGGGCCAGGACUCAUACACAUAACAGAGCUGGGACCCCUCCUUGGGAACAGGACGUAGGGCCAAGACUCAUACACAUAACAGAGCCGGUACCCCUCCUUGGGAACAGGACAUAGGGCCGGGACUCAUACACAGAACGCUGAACAUGAAGAGACAGAUCCCAACACAAGGUGGUGGCAAACGGCCAGACCCACCUAGCAAAGGCAAGAACACAGAGACAGUUCCCAACGCUAGGUAGCGGCAAACAGCCAGACCUACCUAGUGAAGGUGUGGACACAGACAGACAAUUCCACACAACAAAAGACAGUUCCUUAUCUUGACCUAACAAGGCUCCAGUCUUGCUCCAGCAGUAAAACUUCAGCAAUACAGUUGGGGUAUCCAGGCUAGGUGAGCAGGCAGAGAGUCAGACAA